CAGACCCUCUGCUCACCUGAACAGUCCAAUCAUGAGGCGGCGCUCUCCUCUUCUUCCUCUCUCUCUCAUCUUCUUCUUCUUCGUCUCGCUCGGAGCAGCGACGGAUUCAGAGUUCAGGAUCUGUGCGUACAACGUUCAGAAGUUCGACAGCGGGAAAGCUGCAGACUACAGAGUGAUGCACACUUUGAUGAAGAUCGUGGCUCGUUGUGAUAUCUGUCUCCUGCAGGAUGUGAGAGAUCCGAGCGGUUCAGCCAUCAAAACUCUGGUGUCUUCUCUCGACAGGGGAACUGACAGGUACGAGGACGAUAACUUCAAGGCGGUGUCCAGUAAGAGUUUGGGAACCUCUGACGCUGACCUGCAGAAAUACGUCUUCAUCUACAGGACCAAGAAGGUGAGCGUGGUGGAUCAGUAUCAGUACCAGAACAAAGACUUUUUCGUCAGAGGGCCGUUUGUGGUUCGAUUCAAAAGCAAAAAAACUGCGAUCAAAGACUUCAUUCUGGUUCCUCUGCACAGUGAACCCAGCAGAGCCGCGCAGGAGAUCGACCGACUAGUCGACGUCUUCGAGGACGUCAGCAAGAAGUGGAACAACACGAAUGUGAUGUUUUUAGGAGACUUCCACGCCGGCUGCGCCUACGUGACCCGACACAGUAAGAAAAGCAUCAGACUGUUCAGCGGUUCAAAGUUUUCCUGGCUGAUCGGAGACAGACUGGACACCACGGUCUCUGAUGAGACCAGCUGUGCAUAUGACAGGAUCGUGGUACAUGGAAAGUCCUUCGUGAAGGCGAUCGUUCCGUACUCUGCAAAAGUCUUCAACGUUGCCAAAGAGUUCAAAAUAACGAGGUCUAAGGUGUUGCAGGUGAGCGAUCACUUACCUGUGGAGGUGAGACUGAAGAGCUCCGCCCCUUUCCUCCAGGCCACGCCCCUCCUGAUCCUGCUCAGCGUCUCUGUGAUCGUCUCGUCCUUCCUGUCCGCUCUGUGAUCGUCUGGUUCAGUCUGACUCUCACGGCUCCUCUGAUUGGUUCAUUUAAUAGUUUAUAUGAGAUGGAAUUAAAGGAGCAAUUCCACUUUUUCCCCCGAAUAUAACAAACAUUUAAUAAACUGUGAAACAUGGAGGAGAAGCACACAAUGAUUUAAAUCUCCAUCAUUCACAAGAUGCCAAAUACAAGAAUUUAAAGACUUUCUGGUUUAUUACUGUUUAUUUUUGCAGGUUUAUAAGUGAUAAUAAUAAUUUUAUAUUUCAAGUUCUUACCAAAGACAAAGCAGCAUCUUCUACAGGCUGUAAGCUCAGGUAAAGUAAAUGCACCUUGAUUUAUUAUUUACUUUCUUUUUAGGUCAAACUGACCGUAAACACUCAGGAGUUCAUCUCAAGCUGAUGAUGAUGUUGUGAGGACUCUUUAUAAAAUAAAAGUGUUUUAAACAUCAGGAACAAGCCGUCUGUCUGCUGGAGGUUAUGAAUGUAAAUACUCCAGAUUCAGUUUUAAUAACAUUUAUAACUUUU